GGAACGGCCAACUCUGUCAUCCAUGCACCCUUGCUAGUACUUCACCUACGAUUAUAUCAGCUCAUAGCUCUCUAGAAUACCACCAUGUCUGGCCCAAGGUCGUCGUCGUACGCCACAAUGCCCAGACUUAGCCAGACGCUGUCAAUUGCUGGAUCUACGUCCGAGCCUCUAUAUCAAGUCAAACUCUUGAGUGCACUUCGCAGCGGCAAACCUGCUCUGAUUCACCCAUUUCUCGCCGAUAUCAAUAGAGACAAGAGACACUCGAAAGAUGGAGUGGAUACUGAUGUUGGCGCCGCCGCUCUGCAUCUAGCUAUCCGUUGUGGUUCAGGUGACACCGUGGCUUUUCUACUCUCUCACCGCUCUAUAUCAUGUAACGGCAUCCAUCCUCCUGGCUCUGGCACAACUGCCCUUCACCUCGCAGCGUCCUUAGGCCGUGCAGAUGUCGUCAACCUCUUGCUCGAACAGGACGGAAUUGACGAUACCGUCCGAGACUCAAACGGAAAGAACUGCAAAGAGGUGGCUCGGGGAAAAGAUACCGUCAGGGCUAUUAAUGACUCCAGAGCUUUCAUAACCGCAUCAUACCGUUCUCACCUGAGAACUUACAUCCAUUCGUCUCUCGCCACACCUCCGCCCCAAGCCCUACUCGCACUUUUGUCUUCGCCACGAGCUCGUAUCCUCGAUCUGUCCUACAUAGAUGAUGCUUCUGGGACGACGCUGCUUCAUGAGGCCGCACGUAGGAAGGACUUGACUCUGAUUGAGUUGGCGGUGAGGGGUGGCGCUGAUGUGUUUGUGAGGGAUAGGAGGGGAAGGACGGUGUCGAGUGUGGUGGGGAAGGACGAUAAGGUUAGGGUGUUUUUGAGACAGUUCACAAACCAGGAUAUGACUCUCCUGGACGAGAAGCCCACCACCGAACAAAUUGAACUAAAGGGAUAUCUCAACAAGUAUACCAACGUCGCGCGGGGCUAUAACACUCGGUGGUUCGUCCUCUCCGAUGGGGUUUUGUCUUAUUACCGUCACCAGGAUGACGAGAAUAUCUCCAGUCGCGGGUCGAUCGCGAUGAAGAACUGUGCCCUCCGUGUGGCGCAAGGUGACAAGCUCCGAUUCGAGGUUCAUUCCACUCCCAGUCGGAGUGCGUCCCAUAACUCCAUCCAGAAAUGGUACCUCAAGGCGGCACAUCCUAUGGAAGCCACCCGCUGGACAACCGCGAUUUCUCGAGCGAUCGACCACCACAAACACCCCACCGAAGGCUCCGAAAGCGAAACGCCGUCCAUGUCGCACGCAUCCGCGUCUUCCCUCCGCGGCAGCAUCUCCUCUAGGAUGCCGUCCAUCCUCAAAGUGCGCUCCAGCGGCAAAGUCAACGCGGAUAGCUCCGUCACCAGUUUCACGGACAAUGAGGGUCCUUCUGGGUCUGCCUCGCAUACGAAUGCGCAUGCGCACGAUUUGAGCCAGGAGACGGGAUAUGACGCGGAUACGAAGGAUGAUGAGGAUGAUUCGUUGGAGGCGGAGGAGAGUAUGAAGAACCAAGAGCCGCCACAUUCCGAUACGUUCGAGCUGCAGGCGAACACGCUGAGCGCUCAGAUCGAGGUUACCUCUAACCUUCUGGGACAUGUCAACGAGAGCAGCACGACGACGGAACAGACUAAGAGCGCGCUGAAGGAGUCGUUGGCGACGGUGCAGAGCUUGACGACGCAGUAUAUCCAGAUGACCACGGAUAGAGAGGCGUGGUGGAAGGCACGGGUGGCGAAGGAACAGGAGAGGCAGUCGUUUUGGGAAGAGAGUUUGGCGAGUGUUGUUAGGGAGGGAGAGGCGUUGGAGGAGGAGUUGAAGCAGCAGGCGAGGUCGGGUGGGAAGAAGCGCAGUCGUAUCUUUGCGGAAGGCAGUACGGGGGAUGGUAUGGGCACUAUCAAGCAACGACCUGCGGGACUACCUGUUUCGAUGUCACCGUCUGCGAUGGAAGAAGAGGGGACCUCGACACCCCAAGCUGGUAAAGAAAUGGCUGGGUACCCGCUCGAUGUCACACUCUCUUCUCCCCGACUGACGCCGUCUACAUCGGCGUCGGAUGCCCUGCAAGACCGUUCUUCGCCCACAACUGCGACUCCAUCUGCUAGCCUCUCAGUCUCACCGUCUCAUAGGUUCUCAUUGAACAUCCCGCCUAUCCUUUCGCCAAGCAAGACGGUCACCGGAAUAUCCGCCACUGAAGGCGACGUCGACACUGAUGAGGAGGACGAGUUCUUCGAUGCGAUCGAGAGCGGAACGUUGCCGAAUUUGGUGGUCAAUGAGAGCUUGAUGCCCGGGCAUGAAAGUAAUCAUGAGAUUCCGAAGGAUAUCAAUCAGGAGCAGUAUGUUGGGUAUAAGAAUUUGCGGAAGAGGUUGGCUAUGAAUAGCGAUAAUAGGCCCCCGACGAGUUUGUGGUCUGUGUUGAAGCAUUCGAUUGGCAAGGAUUUGACUAGGAUUAGUUUCCCCGUCUUCUUCAACGAACCUACGUCUAUGUUGCAACGAAUGGCCGAAGACAUGGAGUUCUCGGAGUGCUUGGAUGCCGCUUCCGCGGAAGAAAACCCUCUACUUCGGACAGCCUUCGUCGCAGCCUUCGCCAUGUCCAACUAUUCAUCUACCAUCGGCCGUAUCGCAAAACCGUUCAAUCCCAUGCUCGGAGAAACGUUCGAGUAUGUCAGGUUCGAUAAGGAAUUCCGCUACGUAUCGGAGCAGGUCAGCCAUCAUCCGCCGAUUUCGGCGUGUUAUGCGGAUGCUCCAAGGUGGAGGUAUUAUGGCGAGGUCGACGCGCAGAACAAGUUCAUGGGCAAGAGUUUCGAGAUCCGACCGACUGGUGUUGCGCACGUCGACCUCCUCUUCCCAUCGACAAAGGACUCGAAUUCGGACCUUCCGAAAACCCAAACUGCUUUCGCCGAGGAGAAAGUGGCGGAGCAUUAUAGCUGGAAGAAGGUCACGACGAACGUCUCCGGAUUCAUCCUCGGGUCGCCAACAAUUGAUCACUACGGUGAUAUGAUCGUAACGAACCAUCGCACACAAGACACCUGCGUCCUCACAUUCAAACCCCGCGGCUGGCGAGGCAAAGACGCGUUCGAAAUCUCGGGACACGUCGCCGACGCCUCGGGCACAAUCCAGUACGAGAUCGCGGGGAGGUGGAACAGCCAGCUCGUCGCGCGGAAGGUCGUCGGGUCCGUGGGGAGCGUGACGAGCGCGCUCAGUCCGGACGCGGACGCGGGCACUGGCACGGCGGAGUUUAUCUUGCUUUGGAGGAACUCGGAGAAACCGCCCGCGCCGUUCAAUCUGACGCCGUUUGCGAUCACGUUGAAUGAUUGCCCGGAGGAGACUCUGAAGCCUUAUUUGUGUCCGACGGAUUGCAGAUUACGGCCAGAUCAACGCGCGUUUGAACUCUGUCGAUACGAGCACGCGAACGAGCUCAAGGGGAAGCAAGAAGACAAGCAGCGAGAGACCCGAAAGCUGCGCGAGGAAGGUCAGCUGCCGAAACAUAAGCCUCGGUGGUUCACCGCCGAGACGGAGCCGGACACGGGGGAGAGGGUCUGGAGGCCGCAUAUGGUCGGGAUGAGUCCUGAGUAUUGGGCCGAACGGGAGAAGGUGUGGAAGAAGGAGGGGAAGUGGGACGGUGUGGAGGAUAUAUUUAUUCAUGAUGAGCCGUGAGUGGGUUUGGGGCAGAGUCUGUAAAUCACACACAUAAUGCUAUGUCGGAAGGGUAGCAAGACGAGUCGACAAUCGACGAGCGUGUAUGUAUGUAGACUAUAAUAUUGGUGUCAUUCGGGAGACAGCUAGAUAAACACUGUAAAACUAUGACUAGGGUUUUCAUCUAUAUAUUUUCUUCUGGGAUACCGAGCUCACAAACGUAGUUCAAACAUACAAAGAUAGCAAUCCUGGGCUAGAAUCCUAUCCAUCCAUCCGUAGAUCAAUCCACAGGUACGCAAAAUGGUCCGUCCACAUCCGAGAGAGAUAGAGGGAAAGCAUAGUGGGGCUAGUAUGCGGACACAGAAGACACACAUACAGCCUUGAACAAGACAUAGAAUCACAGCAAGCAUGACAGAUAGAGAGAUGGAAGAGAGAGAUGGUGGUGAUUACUUAUAUACAACAGGACAUCAUCAGAUUGAGGUAGCAUGAGCCUCACAAUGUCCUCCUGGCCCAUGACUCUAAAGCCCUGCACCCUCCUCCCUUUCUCCCUCAGACCCCGCUGAGAGAGAGGUUCAGAUAGAGAGAUGGUUUAGAACCCCCCGAGUCAAAGAGGGCCAAGGGACAUCAUGGCGGACCAUGCAACCGCAAUCUGGAGAUUCAUGCACGCCCAUAAUGGCGCGACGUCGCGUUCGGCAUCGGGCCCAAAUGGGGCGGUGGGAAGAAGGCGGGUGGGAAUUGACCGGAGGGGACGAAGGGGCCGCGGUUCGGGUUGAAAGUGAAGGAGCCAGGGUUGGGGUUGGAGUUGGAACCAGAGUUGGAGCCGGAGCUGGAGGGAGUACGGAGAGGGGUGCUGCCACUGCUGCUCAUGCUGCCGUGACGGUCGCUACCAUGGUCAGAGGACGAGUCCGGUUCCUCAUAGGUGGAAGAGUCGGACCAGCCGAGCCUAGCGAGCCCCUCCUUCGCAGCCUCGUUCUUGGCGGCCUUCUUGGUGUUACCACGCCCUUUGCCCCAGACCUCGCCAUUGACCAUCGCCUCGGCGAUCCACAUCGGAGUCACCUUCGUCCCUUCAUCCUUAGAGUCUCUGAACCUCCACUCAAUCGGGAUCGACUUCUGCUGCAACCUCUGAUUAAACAAUCCCAAAUGCCCCAGCGGCAAAUCCGCAUUCUGCGGCGGCAACGGCGGCGAAGGCGGCGGGGAACUCAGGCUCCUUUCGCCGGAGCCCCAACCUACGCCCGCGCCUCCACGAGCGCCAAUGCCAAAGACGGCGGCGGCGUUAGGGUUAGGGCCCGGAGCGAUGAGGGCCGCGGAGGGGCUGAGGGGGCCGUUGGUGGAUUCGCCGAGGGGAGGGAGACGGUGUUGGUCUCGGAUGUUGCGGUAGGCUUCGUCGAUGUAGGGGCGGAAGAGGGGGCGGAGCCAGUCGCGGACGGCGGGGAGGCCUUGGUCGCGGAAGAGGCCGCCGAUGUAGGCUUCGAAGGCGUCGGCUUGAACGUUGGGAGAGGCCUUGAGCGUGACGGAUUGGGCGAGGUGAAGGCGAAGUCUUUCGUGGAGGCGGUACCGAACCGAGAUGGUGGCCAAAUUCGUAUUCCCAACGACGAUGGCCCUCGUUUUAGUGGACGGGCCCACCCUCAGGUAGGGAUACAUCUCGUGCAGGAGCUCCGUGACGACCAGGCCGAGGACUUGGUCACCAAGAUGUUCCAAGCUAGAGGAUCGUCGCGGUCCCGAACAAGCAACAAGAAAUAGAACAACAAAGUCAGCCUCUCAUGCUACCGCGGGUAAUGGAAAGGGGCCGCCGGCAGACACAUGAUCGGACAGAGAUCGAAGUCUCUGAAAGCGUCAUACGAGUGACGGGAGCGAAGAACGAGGGUCGCAAGGAAGGAAGAGGCAAAGAGGGGCAGAAAAGGAAGGACGGAGGCCAGAAAUGUGCAUGAUGGGUAGAUGGAUUGGAUAGAGGACGAUAAUCAUACGGCGUGUGUCCGCAGGUCCGUGUAAUUCUCACAUUU